AUGCGGCGCUACUCGGGCGCCGGAGCACGGCAGCAGCAGCAGACGGACGCGGUGGCCGACCGUGUGCAUCGGUACCGUCGGGUACUAAUGGUGUUGCUCUCGCCGGCACUCCUCAUCUCGUUCGUGCUCCUUCUCAUGCCGCGCGCGCCGGCCUCCGCCUCAGGGGGUGGGCUCCUCGCCGUUGGCGGCCGGAGGUGGGGACCCCGGGCCGUUGAGGAUGGAUUGAACAAGUAUGCCGUUAUAUUUGACGCCGGCAGCUCCGGGAGCCGCGUGCACGUGUAUUGCUUCGACGAAAACCUGGAUCUAGUGCCUAUAGGGAAGGAGAUUGAGCUGUUCAAACAGAAAAAACCAGGCCUGAGUGCAGCAAAGGGUCCACAGGAGGCUGCUGAAUCACUUAUUUCUCUUUUAGAGGAAGCUGAGAAAGUAGUUCCAGCAGAGUUGCGUGGACAAACACCUGUCAGGGUUGGGGCCACUGCAGGUCUCAGAGCAUUAGGGACUGAAAGGUCUGAAGAAAUUUUGCAAGCGGUUAGGGAACUUCUCCAUGACAGGAGUUCUUUCAAAUCCCAGCCAAAUUGGGUCACUGUUCUAGAUGGAUCACAGGAAGGCACAUUCCAGUGGGUUACCAUCAAUUAUCUUUUGGGAAAAUUGGGAAAGCCAUACUCAAAUACAGUUGGAGUUGUUGAUUUAGGAGGUGGUUCAGUCCAAAUGGCUUAUGCUAUCUCAGAGAAGGAUGCAGCAAAGGCACCUGAAGUGGCAGAUGGUGAAGAUUCAUAUGUGAAGGAGCUGCUACUUAAGGGAACAACAUACUAUCUUUAUGUUCACAGUUAUUUGCAUUAUGGUUUGCUGGCGGCUAGAGCGGAGAUCUUAAAAGCUGGCGAAGGCAGUGAUUACAGCGACUGUAUGUUGGAGGGGCAUCUUGGGAAAUACAAUUAUGGUGGUAAUACAUUUGAAGCAUCAGGCUCACCUUCUGGUGCUAGUUAUUCCAAGUGCAGGGCUCUUGCAGUUAGAGCUCUUAAAGUUGAUGAGCCAGCAUGCACACAUAUGAAAUGCACAUUUGGCGGUGUGUGGAAUGGUGGUGGUGGAGAUGGACAAAAGAAUCUUUUUGUAGCAUCCUUUUUCUUUGAUAGGGCUGCUGAGGCUGGUUUCGUGGACCCAAAAAAAGCAGUUGCUAAGGUUAAACCUUCAGACUUUGAAGAAACUGCACGCCGGGUUUGUAAAUUGAACUUGAAGGAUGCACAGGCAACAUACCCUGAUGUCUCAGAGGAGAACAUUGCCUACCUUUGCAUAGAUCUUGUCUACCAGUACACAUUACUUGUCGAUGGAUUUGGUGUUGAUCCUUAUCAAGACAUUACCUUGGUAAAGAAAGUGCCUUAUGGUGAUUCGUAUGUUGAAGCAGCAUGGCCCCUUGGUAGUGCCAUUGAGGCUGCAUCUUCAUCAUAG